AUGGAAUCUGGUGAGGAGACAUUUUUUCCUGCGCUUCAUGUUGGGCUUGAAAAGAAAUCUGCUGUGUCAUUCUGGAUGGAGAACCAAACAAGAAAUGAUAAGAACACAGAUUUCAUUCCUAUAGCUGACAAUUCUGUGCCUUUAUAUGACCGUGGAUACACUUUGGGAUUGACUUCAGCUGAUGUUUCAAGUAAUGUGGAUGGAGGUGUUGGAGAAGCAUUGU